UGACAACUGGCGGAACCCAGCAACGGGUUAUGCAACAACGAGCCGCAGGCGACUAGUUUAUUCGUGUUCUAUGUGCUCUGAUAGUUAUUUGACAAGUGCCGAUCGCCAGUCGAUACCGAAACGCUGUGUUCAGUGCACACAAAAUAUUUCACCAGUCGGAAAAUUAUCAUGUUCAGUGCGCGAUCGUCGAUAUGAUUGUGAUGUCGGGUUGUGAAUUCAAGUUUACUAGUUUUGUUUGAAGUUUUUGAGUGAUCAGACACCAGUUUUCUAUUCUCAUCUUACUAUCAAGUGGUCUUUGGAGGUUGUGACAUAGAGCAGUAUGAAUAUCUGUGAUGAACUCAAAAACAGUUGAAAAUGUACACAUACAACCUUCUAAAAACAUUUUUCUUAUUUACUGUGUUUUCAAGUGUGCUUGGUGAUUUUCUCAGUACAGAUGACGUAAAAAAUCGAUCGAAACGAACAGUUGGUCUUUUUUUAUCUGGACUUUCCAAUUUUCUAAACGUGCACGAUGAUCUUCAAGUAACAACACCUAUCUCUAUCACAACAUCUGCACCCAACUACAACAAACGACCACCGCCUCCAAAAGUACAGAAGUGGCCUCCUCUGGACUUUGAAAUAACUCCGUAUGUGUUGUCUCUUAUCAGUGCGAAAAAGCCAUCAAACCCCACACCGACCGAAGUGCCGCCUACAGAAGAACCCUACUACCACGCUCAAGUGUUUUUCGUGCCACUUAGAGACUUGGAGAACCAACUCAACAAUCAGUAUGAGCAGCAAAAAGUGAACCCAAACUCCUACGCUUACAAUGGCAUCGGCCAGCAACUACAGCAGUCGCUUCCCAAUGGCUUACUUUACGCCGAUUCAGUCUCUCGAAACAGAUUGAUACCCGAGAGAUAUGCACAAAAACAUGUACAACAACCACCACCUCACCAAUCUAACCAUCAAACAAAUAACAAACCAUUGUCAAACAAUCGACAAUCAACAAAUUCAACUACGAAGAAGAAACAAUCUCUUCAGCAAAAAGACAUAGACGAAAUUCUUGAGAAGUUGACUUCAAUCUUUGCUAAUCCUCAUGACGGGCAAGUAUCAAGAAUCGCAGGAAAUGAUGUGAGUAAUGACAAGACACAAUACAUGUCAUUCAUCGAUCAAGAGCCAAGAUUGGGCUACAAUAGACAACAGGCCCCAGAGAAGAAUAAGGAUUUGCUGAAUUUCUAUCUCUUAGAACGAAUGCAGAGAAUCCAAAAUAACGCUAAUAGUAUCAGAAUUCCAACAAGUGUUAACAAUGUAGUCAAGAAUCCCAAGUCAAAUCCAACUGAGGAGACGAAAGUGGAAAUAAUCAAGAGUGUGGAGCCAGAAAUGAUAUUCACAACUGAUUCAGAGGUGCAAUCACACAAAAGUAACUCGAACACAAACCCUGCCAAAGGAGUUAUUGGUAGCCAAAUUGAUAACAAACAUUAUGACAAGGAAGCUCCAGUAGCUUAUGAUAUUGCACGGAGUUUGGAAUUUCCAAUUCCUAAUGGCUCAUCAAAAUCAAAUUCGGCAAUAACAUCAAACGUAGAAGGAGAUGAUGGUUAUAGUUCAAGGAGUAGUUUUACUCCAACAGAGGGUGGCGGUCAUCAAACUGGAGAAUUUAGAAACGUGGAAAAUGGUGAAAACUCACCAAUUCAGAUCCAUUUCUCUCCCGGAAUAGAAUUCGUUAAGAAUUAUGAUAGAGAAGGUGAGACUCAUGUUACGAGAAAAUUUCCAAAUCCAGCUACUGGAAAUUAUGAUGAAUCACACACUCCUAGAAACUAUCAGCAACCCAGUUUCAUAGGCUACCAAGGAUAUGAAGACAUCAUUGAUCCGUUCAGAAGCAAUGUUCGAGGUGAAUUCAGAUACCCUGUGCCAUUCGACGCUUUCGGAACGAAUCCAAAGACCACUCAAACUGUUGAUAGUUCCGCUAUUUUCAAAGACAGGAAUAGACAUUAUUUGAAUAGAUCACAAAGACCUAACAGUAAAAUCAAAUUAUCGUUCAAUCCUAAUUUGCCAUUCUCAUCACCUGUCAAUGGGCCAGAAAAUCAGCACAAGAAUUAUAACACGCGAAAUCCUAAGCAAGAAACACAAGUGCACUUUUUCCUACCAGAUGAAGACAGUCUACGUGAGCCUGAACAGUUCUCGAAGCCUCCAGUGCCAAAUAAACAUAAUGAUGACAGCAAGACAGUAGACGAUUAUCAAUAUCAGCGAGAUGCUUACUAUCAAAACAGCCAAGAAGACUUUGGGAGUUUUCCGUACCAGUUAGGAAGUGGAGGAGUGGAUUCGAAAUAUCCAAUUCCAAAAGCUAUUCAUUCCCCGAAGCUGCCUGAUGACAUUCACGACGAGCUGUAUAAUAGCAUUUCAAGAUCACAUCAUGGUCCGCCUCCAGCCUUUGAUCAAGACAUCGCUAAGAGUGAACUGCGUUCCAAAGCAGUCCACGUUCGUCAAGGAAGACAGUUGUUCACACCAAACGACAAUCACAAGAAUUUCUCGAUACGAUAGAAUCGUAAAUCGAAACUGAUCUUUCAAUUCAAAUAAUAUAUAUUUGCAAAAACAUAAUGAACAUUAUCAAUAAAUCCUGUAUAUUGAGCUC